GCAGGACAGAAUUUGAAAUCCUUCUUAAAGCCAACCCAAACCUUCGGCCAAAACCAGAAAUCAAGUUCUAUCAGCUUUCAUAAUGACAUCAAAACAUGUUGACGAUGAUGAUGAUGAUGAUGAUGAUGAUGAUGAUGCAAAAGUGGUUGCCCUUGCAACAGGAACAAAGUGCAUUUUGCGUAAAAACCUUCAAUGUGAUGGUUCAGCAGUGAAUGACUGUCAUGCUGAAAUUAUUUGCAGGCGAGCACUUCUAUAUUUUCUCUAUUCACAGCUUCAUUUAGCACUAGGGUCAGACAACCCUGAUGAGUCAAUAUUCAUACGAAAAUCUAGAGAUUGUGAAAUGUUUGUAUUAAAACUAGGCAUUGAUUUUCAUCUCUACAUCAGCAAAUCUCCAUGUGGGGACUCAUGUAAUACAAAAACGCAUGGUUGUCUUUGUGCGAAGGAAGAAGGAAGAAGAGACACAGUCAUAGUUCCAGCACAGAAUGACUCCGCAGAAGAUCUUAAGUAUACAAUGUCAUGCAGUGAUAAACUCCUCCUUCGGAAUGUGUUGGGUAUUCAAGGAGCUCUACUGAGUAACUUCAUCUCUCCCAUCUACUGCAAAAGUAUUAUUAUUGGUGAUCAGUUAGUACCUAGGCACAUGAAGCGUGCUAUUUCUGAGAGAUUGUUUGGAGACUCAGCUGAUAAUCUGCAGCCUAGACUAUACGACUGCAGUAAGCUACCAGUCCAAAAAAAAAGAAAAAUUCAAAACCUAUUGCAACUUUCCAAAGGCAAGAAUCGAAAAUGUUCCAAAUGGAGCAUCAACUGGGUCACACAUUUUGGUCAUGAAGUAGUCAAUGCACAAACUGGUAAAAUUUCAGUUUCUAGAAGGUCUCGAUUGUGUAAAUACGAAUUAGCAAGACUGUUUGCUGCACACCUGUCACGGAGAGGACUACAAAAUCUUACAGCACAAGGUAACAGUCCACUGCAGACGGACUGCAUGUCUACAUUUAUCAUACAUACAUUCAAGUACUAA